CCUAACCCCUGCCCCGAACUAGCCCCGCCUCUCCGGGAGUAGUCUGCUGCUCACCGAGCUCACCAGUGCAUUUUCCGAACACGCCAUUUUCCAUCGACAACUGAAGAGCGACUCAAUCGGAGGAGCGCGGAAAGCCUGAACUGUGGAUUCCUUCAAACAAGAUUCAGUCAUGCACCGUGACUGUCCUCUUGACUGCAAAGUCUAUGUUGGAAACUUGGGAAACAAUGGAAACAAGACCGAGCUAGAGCGGUCAUUUGGCUAUUAUGGCCCUCUCCGCAGUGUUUGGGUGGCCAGGAACCCCCCAGGCUUUGCCUUUGUAGAGUUUGAAGAUCCUAGAGAUGCCACUGAUGCAGUGCGUGAGCUGGAUGGAAGGACAUUGUGUGGCUGCCGUGUACGAGUGGAGCUGUCAAAUGGUGAGAAACGUAGCCGAACCCGUGGUGCCCCUCCUUCUUGGAGCAGACGUCCCAGAGAUAGAGAUGACUACAGGCGUCGCAGUCCACCACCCAGGCGAAGAUCCCCACGCAGGAGGAGCUUCAGCCGCAGUCGUAGCAGGUCUUUCUCCAGAGACAGGAGGAGGGAGAGGUCCCUCUCCAGGGACAGGAACCACAAGCCUUCAAGAUCCUUCUCUCGAUCACGAAGCCGUUCCAGGUCCAAUGACCGAAAAUAAAGGAAUGUGUGAAGGUGUAAAGGGAGCUAAAAAUGAACGGUUGCAUAGGCUAUGCCGCUUCAUGAUGGACUUCAACUUUGUUCAUUUUUGUGUUGGAUUUUUUAAAACAAUCAAGCAUUUUAGUGUCCCUACUGUUUUGCUGUUAUUGUGAUUUUCAAAUACUUUUUAGUGGGUGUGGACAGGAGUGACCCCUCACAGAAAUUGUUUGUCUCCUUUGUCCCAAAACAGCUGUACCACCUAGCAUUCCACUUCAUCAGUAACUCUUGAUACCUUUUGGGUUUUUGAAUGUACUGUGUAGUUCGACAUAGUGUGAGUAGUUCUUCGUUUUCAUUGUGUAAACACCAGCAUUUUUUUUUCAAAGGACUGGGACUAUGUGUAAUUGCAUCCCUGUUUGUCUCUAAAGCCAAUUUGAUAUCAGCGAGCAACUUUCUUCAUACUGAAGGUUUUCAUCUGUUAAUGGAGAUGCAAAAUUAUGGCAUAGGUUUUAUUAAAAAAAAAACUAAAAAAACAGGUGUUAACACGUCUACUUUUGGUAAAUUGCAUUUUCCAUUAUUUUAUUGUUUCAUACUCUGUGAAACGGUCUCAAUAAAAAUACUGGCUGUUAAACAUU